GUUGUCCCAAUGCCCCUAUGUAUCAUCCAUCACCAAACAUAUUAUAUAUGCAUAAGCUCACUCAACCACACAAAACAUAGCUUUUAGAUCGAACCCUUUUGAUCAUUCUUAGUGAAAUAAAGACUCCAAAGGCAAGCAUGAGCAGACGUGAGAGCUACGGUGGUGGUCAGAGUUCUUUAGGCUAUCUCUUUGGUUCCGAUGAUAAGAAGAAAGAUACUGCACCAACAGCCACACCAGUAGUUUUUGCUCCGCCAUAUGGGAUCGACACCGGUGAGGAGGAGAAGCCACCAGACAAUCCUUCAGCGUCGUCUAAAGGAAAUGUCUCUGGAGACCCAAAGAGAUCACCUAAAGACCUCAAUUCCGGAAAGAGCAUUACUAUUCGGCCUUCAACAAAGGUGAAAUCAGUUCCAGGUGGAGAUUCAAGCCUUGGCUACUUGUUUGGAGAUAAGUCAUGAUACUUUCUUCAUGGACAAAGUUAGAAAAACUUUUAAGUAUGGCAGUGGUCUGCGAUGGUUGACCAAUUAAGUCAAUAAUGGAAUCCAGCAAGUUGUACUUUGCUGUUUGUGCAUUGCUUGUGUCUGAUCCUCCUAUGGAUGUUUACAGUGUGUUUGUGUGCAAACUGAUGAAGUUUAGUCAGGGUUUCUAGGGUUUACUAUGUGUGAGGUUCUUAAUUACAUGGAAAAUUACUAAAAAGAACGAAGUUAGGGUUUAAAUUGUAUCAAUGCUUGGGUAUUAUCAUGCACUUUAAUAAGAGCUCGUGCUUUUAUUUGUCCUAAGUUCCUAAUAGCAAAAUUUGGUAAGGAUUAAACAAAUGGUUUCUACUUUGUGAUCAGUUGUCAGUGCUAUGUCUAUUUUAUGUAUUAGCAGAUGUGAGAAGUCCUUGGAGUAAUAUACUACUCAAUUUAGUA